AUGUUUCCAGGACAAGGACCACGCCGUAACGAGUACUCUCAACAGUCUCCACAGGACUUUAGAAUGCAACAACAACAGUAUCAACAGGGACCUCCACAAGGUUAUAAUCAAGGCUACAAUCAAGGUAAUCAAGGUUACAAUCAAGGGAACCAAGGUUAUAAUCAAGGCUACAAUCAAGGAAACCAAGGUAAUCACCAAGGUGGUUAUCAACAAGGUUAUCAAGGUAAUCACCAAGGAAAUCAAAGUGGACAUCAAGGUGGAUAUAAUAGACCGCCCCAAGGCGAACCACAUCGUGUAUCAACCCAAGAUUUCAACAAUGCUGCAAAUUCCCAAUCCAUUUUCCAAAAAGAAGACCCUGCCCAAUAUGUUCAAUUCCAAAUACCACAACAAGCCCAAGUACCACCUACAAAUCCUCAAUCAUUCGGUAUUGAUGGUUAUAAUUAUCAAUAUUCAAACUGUACAGGUCGUCGUAAGGCUUUAUUAGUUGGUAUAAAUUAUAUUGGUACCCAGAAUCAAUUACGUGGUUGUAUUAAUGAUGUUCAAAACGUUAAGAAUUACCUAACAAGGAAUGGAUACGAUGAAGGUGAUAUUGUUGUGUUAACAGAUGAUCAACGUGAAAUGGUUAAAGUCCCCAUUAGAGAAAAUAUUAUAAAAGCGAUUGGUUGGUUAGUUUCAGAUGCUCAACCUAAUGAUUCUUUAUUCUUCCAUUAUUCAGGCCAUGGGUCUCAACAAGAAGAUACCGAUGGUGAUGAAGAAGAUGGAAUUGAUGAAACUAUUGUUCCUUUAGAUUUUGAAAAAAAUGGUCAAAUUGUUGAUGAUGAAUUACAUGCUCGUUUAGUUCCACCUUUAAAACCAGGUGUGAGAUUAACUGCAUUAUUUGAUAGUUGUCAUUCAGGAUCAGUAUUGGAUUUACCUUAUACUUAUUCUACAAGGGGGGUUUUAAAAGAACCAAAUUUGGCAGAAGAAGCCGGUCAAGGUUUAUUACAAACUGCAAUGUCAUAUAUGAAAGGUGAUAAUGCAGGUGUUAUGAGAGGUGUUGCAGGAUUAUUCAAAUUAGCUACAUCUGGUGGUUCAAAUUCACAGGCUUAUGAAAAGACCAAAAGAACUAAAACUUCACCAGCAGAUGUUGUUAUGUUUUCAGGUUCAAAAGAUGAUCAAACUUCUGCAGAUGCUAGUGAAAAUGGUGUUCCAACAGGUGCAAUGAGUUAUGCUUUCUGUAAGAUCUUAAAUAAUACUCCUCAUCAAACAUAUCUUUCAUUGUUACAAAAUAUGAGACAAAUCAUGACUGGGAAAUAUUCACAAAAACCUCAAUUAUCAACUUCACAUCCAACAGAUGUUAACUUGAAGUUCAUUAUUUAG